GGGUUGGUGUGGAGCGGCACCCUCGUCCCAGCUCCAGGAGCUUGCCCCCGCAUCCUCGCGCUCCCUCUUUCGAAAAAUCUCUCUUGACCCAGGGGGUCCUGGGGAGGCCCUGACCCCAACGAGCGACGCGCGGGGUCGGGGCUCCUGGGACCAGCCCCAAACCCUCCCCGCGCACGCGAUGAGAAAACAAAGCGGCGGAGCGCAUUCCCCGCGCCCAAAAUACCCGGCACGGCCAUUGUCGUCCGCCUAUUCCGGGACGCGGGGACAGCUGCGCGCCGUGACGCGCGGCCCCGACUCCACACAUACGGCCCCGACUCAAGUAUCGCAUUCCCCGCUCCAAGCCGGGGGCCCUCGGCUCCACUACCCCGGGACGAGUCCACACGGGUGUCACAGCCACACGGAGCUCACAGCCUCACGGAGCUCACAGCCUCACGGGUGUUACAGCCUCACGGGUGUCACAGCCACACGGGUGUCACAGCACCACAGGGUGUCACAGCCACACGGAGCUCACAGCCACACGGGUGUCACAGCACCACGGGGUGUCACAGCACCACGGAGUGUCACAGCCACACGGAGCUCACAGCCUCACGGGGUGUCACAGCCACACGGAGCUCACAGCCUCACGGGUGUCACAGCCACACGGAGCUCACAGCCUCACGGGGUGUCACAGCCACACGGAGCUCACAGCCUCACGGAGCUCUCAGCCACAACGGGGUUCGUAGCCACACGGGCCCCGCUUGGAGCGAAGCGCAGAGUUCCCAUCUCGCCGCGCUGUCACUGCCUCCUCGACACCUUCAUCGUGCCAUGGCGGUGCGUCGUGGGUCCUGCGCCUCUCUGCUCGGGUCUCUGAGUCGCAGCACCACCAUCAUCGGUAAGAUGUGGUUGGCUGUGCUGGCGUGGCGGCUGGGGCUGGCCUUGCUUUUGCAUUCGGGGGAGGCAGGAGGUCCGGCCGCAUGGCAAGACGUGUGGUGCAACUCGGGCCUCCCGGCCUGCCGCCCGGCCUGUCUCGACCGCCUCCUCCCGCUCAGCCCGGGGCACCUGGGCCUGGUGCAGCUUCUCGUCGCAUCCCUGCCGCUGGCACUUUACCUGGCGGCGGUGGCGCACAGGAGGCCCUGGAAGGCCAAGACCACAAGAUCUUGCCAUCACCACCAUCACCACCACCACCAUGAAGAUCACGACGAGUCGGAAAACGAUGAGGACGACGAGGAGGACUACGAGAGAGAUGUUCACUUGGACAAGUACGGGCAAUUCUCCGUGCCGAGCGAGGGCGGCAGCGAGAAACGCGGGCUCGCGGUGGCCUCCCGGGGCCCGGGACGCGCGGCCGGCGCCUACAUCACGGUGGGGGCGCACGGCGACAACUCCGGCAGAAGCAGCAGCAGCAGCGGCUGCUUGGCCGCGCGGCUCAAGAUGGAACCGCCACACCGGCAGAACGCACUCAACGCCACGGGCCGCAGGGGUGCGGGGCACCAGGGUCCGCACGGGGCGAGGAGCAGGGGGGAAGGAUGCGGGGCCCUUACGGGGCCCGGGUCCCUGUGCGCGUACGUGCUGCAGGUGUCGCUGAGCGCGUUGCUAGACGCCGCGCUGCUCUGCGCGCAGCUUUAUCUGUACGCCCCGCUGCUGCCCGUGGGCCCGAAGUUCACCUGCGGGGCCGCCGCCCACUUCCUGCAUCGUGGCCCCGCGGGGCCCCACGUACAGCCGUGGGACGCAACCGCUUGCGGUGGCGGACACGUGGAGUGCACGGUGGGGCGGCCGCACGACAAGAGUUUGGCGCUGAUGGGGCCCCUUGGCCUGUCGGGGCUCGCGCUCUGCCUCAACUUGGCCGAUCUACUCCUGUGUCUGCGGCUGUGGCUCGGGGGGCACUCGGGACCCCCCGAGCGGGGAACGAGGCCGUCCGGGCUACGGGGACUCGGCGAGAUCUCCGCGACCUCGGGGCACACGGAGGAGCUUCAGGAAAAAACAGAGGAGAAACCGGGAGUCGCUGCUUUUGCCGGACCGGGAAAUGCCUCCCUUAGGGAGAUCAAGCGAGACCAUGGCCCCCCGGGAUCGGAUUUCCUGGGUCCCCCAUACAGGGUUGCCCCCAAGGCCCCCCACGACGUCUACCCGUGGCUCUCGCCGUCGGACGUGGUCUGCGCCGCCCUGGAGCCGGCGGCAAUCGGGGCGGACGAGCCACGGUUCCCGCGCAAGCCGUCCGCCUGGGUGUGACCCCGUGUCCCCUCGGGCUCCUCCCGUCCAUCCGCCCGCCCGCCCGCCUUCGCCCCCGGGCGCGAGGGCCCGAGAACCAAGAUUCUGGGGUUCCAGGGGCAGUCUCAAUGCGGAUAGAUUGCAAUCCGAUGUGGAUGUAAUAUUGUUAGAGACGGAUGAACUUUUGUUUAGAAACGGAUGAAUAUUAUUUGUAAUUGCAGAAAAACUGGCCGCAUGUAUUCUUGGAAAAAUUGAUUUUUGUUACGCAUGACAUGAUGUAUUGCGGAUUGGAAAAGCCGAUACUCGUGUCAGAUAAACAGACUUAUAAAAGCGGAUAAGCCGAUGUCUGUGCUUAAUGUGUGCACCUGACGCUUAUAGUACUUAAUUUAAAAUCCAAACGUCUAAAUGCGACCGUAGCUCAAAACUGAACGUAAAGGAGCAACGUAGCCGGGUGGGUUCCGAGUUUCAGCCGCCCGUGAUCAAUCAGGUUCUUAAGUGUCGCGAGUCGAUUAUCUCAACCUGGUCAAAAUUCCGGAUUGAAUAUGCUAAAGUGGCCGACAUGUGACUUGGAAGGGAUCUCUCGGAAGCAAUUUUGCCAUAUCCACUUCCGCAGGCCGUUUUCGAGCACUGCUCUCCAAGGUUCCGAAUGGACUCUUCGUCCUUUGGCAUUACGUCGACACAGCAAUCGGAACACAAUUUGGAAAAGACAAGACAGUAUAUAUACUGUGCGCAUAUAUAGAUACUUUAGACAAUGAGCCCCACUGAGGGGGGAGUCAUCUGCGUUGCUCCCAUCAUGGGAAUGCGGAAUGUCCAAAACUGGCUCAGGGCUGUCAACGGGAGAUGAGCAGCGCAUCAACACUCAAUUGAGCAGGAAUCGCUUUGACGGCGACAGAGGAAGGAAGAUGCGAGCGUUGACUGGAAGGUGGUGUUUGACGUGCGACAAACACGUUCGUGUUGUACAAUUCUUUAUUGUCAUGAAGCCCCAACUGUGGCUCGACGCCAGAGCCACUGUUCGCAUGCUGACAGCAGCGCCACGGCGCGCGGAUACAGCCGCCCUGCCUGCCGCGGGGGGUUUCACCAGCUUCAGGCCUAAAACUAAUUACAAAAGAUUGCAAAGAAAUGUUCAUAAAAAAGAAUGUACAUUUUUAAAUCAGUGACGCAAUUCCAGAAUACGCGCGCAUGUCUCGCCCUGCACGCAAGAUGGAACCGAUCACCCCCCGAUCUGCCGCGGUUGGUACGGCCCCACACUAAAGGCCCGCAGCAGGAGGAACGUUCCACGUUGUCGUACAGGGGCGGCAUGAUUCUCUGCUGCUGCCCAUGCACGCCACGUCACAUCAGUGUCGAUAAAUGCAAUUAAAAACAAAUACUUCCUCCCAUAAGCCCGCGUCCACGCGACUCGCGGACCGGGAAGUCGGCACGGCCACUCGGCCCUGCCGCACCGCGUCGUCUCGGAAGGGCCGGGCGACACGGCGCCACCACGACGCACGAGGGUCAGAACGGCAUCGGUGCCACCGCGCCCUCUGCUCAGCUCUGGUGCCACCGCACGAAGUGUCGGUGUCGCCACACUCCACGCCAAACUCCGGUGCGACCACACUACCUACACACCAGCGACCGCCCCUGGCUUCAGUUGGACAGGGGCUACAGACUCCACCACAGUUUUCCAAGCUUUACGCGACGCGCUCGGGCGGAUUGACGAUCGUCAUUCACCAGCGUGCGGGCUCCCGUAGGAGCUGAGGGCACUGCAUGAGCCGUCUUCAUAGACCAGCUCACAGCAGCCGAGACUGGAAAAUCCGAGGCGGAGAAUGUUUCCCCACCACCACCACCCCUCUUCCAACUGCAGUCACGAGCCACCACUGCUCAACACAGCUCUAGCACCACAGUCACCACACCCCACAAUCACGGUGUCACCAUCCACAACACAGGUCUGGCGUCACCACACCAUGUCACCACACCCCACACAGCCCUGGUUUCACCACAUGAUCACCACACCUCACACAGGCACACGUGGACAUCACACGGGGGGGAAGGGGAUUGGGUGCGCAUUUUCGAGCCCCACUGCUCAGGAACCCACAAGAAACCGCGGGAGCAACGCGGCCCCCGGCUCGUCACGACAACUCGCGCUGCCGUCGCAACGCGGCGCAUUUACACGGCGCCCUCCAACGCGCCCUACAUUCAUCGCGCACGCCGCGGGUUCCGCGCUCGCCGCACGCGUCGAUUAAAACCGAGGGAGGGGACGGGGGUUUGCACAGCGAAUCCACGGCCUGGUCGGCGAGCGGUCAGUGCGACCCCGCGCUGACCACUCGAAGAGGCGGCCAGUAAAGCCGUGCCCGGCUGCAUAGAGCACGACGAGGGAACCCAUCCCUCCAGUUGGUUUAUGCAGCCGGCCGCUGACCUCUCCAGGGGGGGAUGCGACCCCGUUAACACGGGGCCCACGGGGACCUCCGAAUGCCACGGCACAGAAUAUCCCGAUCGAUCAGGGUCUCUGUGCCGGGCUUGCAGGGGUUCCCGGGGGUCCCUGUGUCUCGCGACCCCCUCCACGCGGGCCCGCAAAAUCGCCGGGCCGUACCCCAAUAGCGGGGCUCGUGGGGGCCAACGCAACACCGUGGUUGGGUACAGAGAAUAAACCAACGGCCGUGACCCCCCAUCCCUGCUCUCUUGCAAGGACCCUCGUAAUUACAUCACUUGUAUGGCAGCAGUGGUGCGAGACACGACAGCUGCCAGCCAACACCCUCGACGAGGGCCGUGGCCGGUUUCAUGAAACCGAAAUUUGUACUGCGCUCAAGGAAACCGAGUAGAAAAUUCCACUUCAGCUGUUUUACAAAACCGGCCACCGACCAUCAGGUGUCGCGUCAACCCGCUCAACCGCGACCCCCUUGUGCCGGGCCCCGCGGUUACGUGGGACCCGUCACGAAGCUGCGGGGACCCAGGGAGGGGGGCCCUCGGGCCGUCGCCAGGUGAAUUUCUGCAACGACCCGGGACGCGACGCGAAUCCACGCUGCAUGCGUCACCGCCGCCACUCGACACUGCCAGCGGCACCUGGCCCUACCUCCCACAAGCGCCGGCGGAGCAAAGCGCCGGGCCCACGCAAGCCUCUCAAGUGUCGCAAUCACAUUCAGUUACACGGCAACAUUUGUAGAGGAUUGGCAACUGAACAAUAACACACACUGCACGCGUCUCAAGUGCAGACGCGCUACUGGUAUCGUCGUCAUUAUUCACGUAUACUACUGACCCUAUAGGACACCGCGCCCGUUCUCUGGCUAAAGAAUCCGUAGGUGAUGCAUCCGGUGUGCGCCCCCCACAGCGCUCGCUGCAGGGGUGGGGGGGGGGGGUGCCGGGUGCGACACGGGGAGUGGAAGCACUCUGACUUGGAGGGGUCGGGGGAGGCGCCACGGUGCCGCGGGGCGGCGGUUGCGGCGAUCACCACCGUGAUGGGUGGGUCGCGCUCGUGGUGGAGAUGGCGAUGACGCUGGCGAUGGCAAUCGACGGAUGUAUCCUGACAACGACCACACUUCUUCAAUAGGGGCGUCCAGUUUAGCCGAGGGAUAACACUAACGACAAUGCUGACGAUUACGAUGGACGUGGCUGAAUACAAUGCGGGGCGAUCCGCUUAUAGAUACCCCACUGAGAUAACAGAAAUGAAAGAGACAACAUUCUGAUUCUCGACGUCUCCCGCCAAUCUCAAUACACGUAUUCAAUCUGUCGACACUCUCUUGAUAGACUUUGUCCAGAUACGGAGCCAUCGCUUGCAAAAUAUCCAACCGCCUGUCGACGAGAAAGAGGGCCGUGACGAAUCAGUGGGGCAUCUCGAAACGGAUCUCCCUCCACAACGCCUCGUGUCCACGAGGGGAGGGAGGGGACCGCAGCCACAGUCGCGAACCCCCAGACUCCCCCAGGCGCUCGCGAACCCCAGACUCCACGGGAUCGGCGAGCACCGAGAGGGUGGUGGUGGGUUCACCGUCCUUGCGGCUGUCCCCCAAAUCCUGUGACUCUUUCCCAUAUUCUGCCCCUUCCUCUCUUUGCGUGCCCAAUCCAAUUUUAUGAUUUUGUAAUUAAAAAAAUAAAACCGUCCAAUGGCUAUCGAUUUCAUAAAGCUCUCUUACAAAAUACCCCGCCAGAAUUAAAGGAACGAGUCGAGGUACGUGAUCGCCAACUGAGGUAGUUUGUUGAAACAGAACAGCGACGCGCCGCGCGCGGCGGCCCACGCGGCGGCCUGGCCGGGUCCUGGCCCUCGUAAGGCUUCGUCUCUUUUCUACGUUUCCUUGACUUUUUUUACUUUUUAUUUUUGCUUUUUUUCUUUUUUCUUUUUUUUAUUUGUUUCCCAAAUGCCUCAGGUCCGUUGCCAGUAAAAUUGUAUUACAAAGAAUCACGAUGGCAUAAUAUACCCCCCUCUCCCACCUCCAAAAAAAACUUUAAAAAAGGUGUUUUUUUAACAUUCUGGUGAUGUCACGUGGGUUACCGUUAUUGUUAUUGUUUUAAAAGCCACGCUUCGUGUCGCGGGGUUUAAGAGUUGAUCACAUUCCUUUGCUGAAGUGGGGGUUGGACGUCCGGGCCCGCCCUGCAGCGACUGCCUUCUUCGCUCGUGGUCUAGAGGGCAGUGAGCGUGGCACGGGGUAGGGCACCAGCACGGAGGUGUCCGAGCUUUGAGCCGAGGACACCGGGAUUGGCUCGUGCCGUGUGCGAUGAGCGCAGCAAGCGACACAGCAACGGCCAACCCCGGCGCGGCCGGCCAGCGCGUGCCCCUGUCAACACUCCCUGCCUCUCCAGUUGCCACGCUCACAUUGUUGGCAAAAUACCAAAUUUAAACACGACGCCAGGAAUAAAAAUACAAGUCCGGGCCUCACGAGGACAGUUAAGCCUCGGCAUUGACAGACUGUUAUGUUUUUGCCCGGCGUCCCUCUCUGUGGACCGGACAUUUGAGCAGCGGCCACGCCGAGGAACGGCAUUCGUCCUGAGUGGGCCCUCGGUAGCCUGGGAAAAUCGCUCCGAUGAGCACUGCUGCAGGGCUGGCUCGCACACGGUGGAAAGGUCACACGGUACCAGGUCAACACAGCACGCAGCUGGGUCCACAGCGAGACGGCGGGCAUUGCAUCAAGCGCCUCCUAUCCAUUUGCACGUCUAGAAAAUGGCAAAAGCAAGCAGACGGCACAUUGAUCUGGACACCACGCGUCGGUGGUGCUCGCGUCACAAUUAACGUACGCACUCUCGGCAAUACGUUAAGUUGGAAACGCCGCUAUUGCCCGCGUCACAAUUAACUUACGCGCUCUCGGCAGUACGUAAAGUUGGAAACGCCGCUGUUGCCGUCUUAGACCGAGCUUAAACUAACGUGCACAGAUAGAGGCGCGGCACCUAUUCGCUCGACGUUAGAACUGUCGCCGGUUCCCGCCGAGCACGAUGCAAGACGGACCCAGCGUACGCGCGGAGCGGGGGGUGUGGGUACAGGCAGUGCCAACGCAGCUGUUCGUGUGACCUUUUCACAGACCAGACAAUUUGUCCAGUUUUGUACUGGACAGUACUUUAAGGCGGUUUAGAGAGACGUGCUGAGAUGUAGUGUGUGUGCAGAGGUUGAGAUAUGCCAUGACGUAAUGUUCAACGUUGUGGGAGGGGUGUUUUUUGUUAUAAUUUCCUGAUAAUAUAAC